CACAUAAACUUAAGACGUAAAGAACAAAUGGAAGUGAUUAAAGAAAGGGAUAAUUAAGAAAAACAGUUGUUAAUUAGUAACAUUUAAACAACUUAGCUGGCUAGAUUAGAAUAUUUGCAAGCUAGAUUCCCACUCUCUUUUCUCUUGUUCCCUUCAGUUUUUUCUCCAUUUCCUUUAUAUAAAUUAAAGAAAUAUAUACAUAGUAUAUUUGUACGAGAGUAAAGGAUUUUAGUAGGAGAGACAAGUUCGUCAGAGCGAAAAUAAAUCAUCAUCAUUCCUCAUCCCUUCCCGAAGCUGCUCUAAGGAAAGAGAUCCACUAUUAUUACUACUAUACAUACCAGAAUAAAUAAAUAAACCUUCAUUGAGAUUUGAGCCAAACAGAGAAGAAGAAGAAGGAGAAGAAGAAGAGGGAAAGAGAAGAUCUCCAGCGGAUCAGUCCCCGCUUUAAAAGCAUUGGCGGCGUCUGAUUUCAUCAUCUCUCUCUCUUUAAUUCUCUCAAAGACAAAGCCUUUUUCUCUCUCUCGAUAUAUCUCUCUCUUACGCCAUUUGGGUUAUUGCUUUUCUAUGUGUGUGUGAGUGAUUAUGAUGAUGGGAUUAUCUUUCUAAAGCUUUUUAUUUUCCUGGAAAGUUAAGAAAAUUAAAAAGAAAAGUAGUAGACAACUUUAUGCCUAGUUCUUCUCUUCUCUGUUGGAGUUGAGAGACCAAUAAAUGCUGUUAGUAAUGGUUAGUUGAGAUGGGAGGAAAAAGAUCCCGUAGUCCGAGGAGUGUUUGGUUUCUUGCAAAAGGAUAGUGAGGCAAAACAUGGGUUUGGUUUCUCUUGUCUCCUUUCAUUCAUCCCAUUUCCAUUAAUGGUCUCUCCCCUCUCCCAACACCACCUCAACUUUAAUUAACAAACAAACGUUUUCUGCCUUUUUCUCUUCUUCUCACUUCUGUGGUUCUGCUUUGAUUUGAUCGGUUCUAAAGAGAGAGAGAGAGAGAGAGAGUAAAGCUCAAAGCUGCUUCAGAGUCAAACUAAAGUGUCUUCUUUUUAGUAAAGAAGACGAAGAAAGAUGAAGUUCAUGAAGCUAGGGUCUAAGCCUGAUACAUUUGAAUCUGAUGGCAAAUUCGUCAAGUAAGCAUAAUUUUGUUAGUUUUUUCUCUUCUUUUUUUUUUUUUUAAAUAGUUUUGAUUGGUCAAAUGAAACUUCUACUGUUUUGUGCUCUGUGUUUUUGUUCUCUUCUCUUCUCUUUUCUAUUCAUUUUUCUCCACAUGUGUUGCCUCUGUCUAGUUCUUGUAGGGAUUUUAGAAACAUAUGUCCCCUCUUCUCUUGGUUUCUAUCUUUUUGAACAGAAGCUGUUAAAAACAGAUUCCGUGACAUCCCUGCGGAAUUUUCAUUUGCUCUGUCUAUUUGAACAGAGAUAGUUAAACAUGGUUAAGAAUUUCUUAAACUCUGUUACUUGCCAGUUAAAAUACUCUGGUAUUGAUUUUAGAGAUUAAAAACCAGGAUAAGUUUUUCAUCAUCAUGACCAUUAUUGUGAUUGGUUUCACUCAUCAUUUUUUUUUUUGCGGGAAAUACCACAAAGUUAAAAGCUAGAAAAGUUAUAAGAAAUGAGGUAUAUGAGUUUCAGGAGUGGCCCAUUUAUUAGAUGAUCUGUCUUUGUUUAUGUGCUGUUGUUUUGUGGUCCUGAUUUGUAAGAGCAAAGAGUGGAAAGCUAAAGGGAAUGAUGAUUAUGAGUUUUCUUCUAAUUUAGAAAGUACGCUGUUUCGGAUCUUGAUAGCGAUGUUACUAUUCAUGUUGGCGAGGUCACAUUUCACCUCCAUAAGUUCCCGCUGCUAUCGAAGAGCAAUCGGAUGCAGCGACUGGUUUUUGAGGCGAGUGAGGAAGAAACCAAUGAGAUCACUAUACUUGACAUGCCAGGAGGACACAAAGCGUUUGAGAUAUGUGCUAAGUUUUGCUAUGGGAUGACUGUUACGCUCAAUGCUUACAACAUAACCGCUGUGCGAUGUGCAGCUGAGUAUCUUGAAAUGACUGAAGAUGCAGAUCGCGGUAACCUCAUAUACAAGAUCGAGGUUUUCCUCAACUCAGGCAUAUUCAGAAGCUGGAAAGACUCUAUCAUUGUGCUUCAGACAACAAGAUCUCUUCUUCCUUGGUCAGAAGAUCUGAAGCUUGUUGGUAGAUGCAUAGAUUCUGUUUCAGCUAAGAUUUUGGUGAACCCUGAGACUAUCACUUGGUCUUAUACACACAACAGGAAGUUAUCUGGACCCGAUAAGAUAGUCGAGUAUCAUCGUGAGAAGAGAGAAGAGAAUGUGAUACCGAAAGAUUGGUGGGUGGAAGAUGUAUGUGAGCUCGAGAUUGAUAUGUUCAAGAGGGUGAUGAGUGUUGUGAAGUCGAGUGGAAGGAUGAACAAUGGCGUAAUUGCUGAAGCUCUUAGAUACUAUGUUGCAAGGUGGUUACCAGAAUCUAUGGAGUCUUUGACAUCAAAAGCUUCUUCAAACAAAGAUCUCGUCGAGACGGUUGUUUUCUUGUUGCCGAGGGUAAACAUAGCGAUGAGCUACUCUUCUUGCAGCUUCUUGCUAAAACUCCUUAAAGUUUCGAUCUUGGUUGGAGCUGAUGAGACGGUGAGAGAAGACUUGGUUGAGAACGUGAGCUUGAAGCUUCAUGAAGCGUCCGUGAAAGAUUUGCUGAUCCAUGAAGUCGAAUUAGUUCAUCGGAUUGUGGAACAGUUCAUGGCCGAUGAGAAACGUGAAUCUGAAGAUGAUCAGUACAAGGAGUUCGUUUUGGGAAAUGGGAUUUUGUUGAGUGUAGGAAGAUUGAUUGACGCUUAUCUCGCUCUUAACUCUGAUCUUACACUCACUAGCUUUAUUGAGUUAUCUGAGUUAGUCCCGGAAUCAGCUAGGCCGAUACACGACGGUCUCUACAAGGCCAUUGACACUUUCAUGAAGGAACAUCCGGAGCUAACAAAAUCUGAAAAGAAGAGGCUUUGCGGGUUAAUGGACGUGAGGAAACUGACAAAUGAAGCAUCAACGCACGCUGCACAGAACGAGCGACUUCCGCUACGAAUGGUGGUGCAAGUUCUCUACUUUGAGCAGCUCCGAGCAAAUCACAGCCCCGUCACGUCUGUUGCAGCUUCGUCACACUCGCCGGUUGAGAAGACGGAGGAGAACAAAGGAGAAGAAGCGACGAAGACGGUGGAGCUGAGCAAGAAAAGCAGAGGAAGCAAGAGCACAAGGAGUGGUGGUGGUGCACAGCUGAUGCCGUCGAGGUCACGGAGGAUCUUUGAGAAGAUAUGGCCGGGGAAAGGAGAGAGCAGCAACAAGAGCUCUGAGGUUUCUUCUGGAAGCUCACAAAGUCCGCCGGCCAAGUCUUCUAGCUCGUCUUCCCGGCGCCGCAGACAUUCGAUAUCCUGAAUCCACAUGGAGAAACAGAAUUUGUAAAGAGAAGCUAUUAUUAUGGUUGUAACUUAUUAUAAGUGAUCUUAGGAUUUGUGGUAGUUAAACUAAAACUGAUGAAGUUGUGUUCUGUGUUUCUUUAAUCGUAAAGAUUUGUUAACUGUUUCAUUACAUAA